CUCUUGUAGACCGCGGCGUAUUUGCUUUCGCGUUUGUCCCGCUGCCGCCACCGUAAUCCCCCUACACACGUGACAAUAUAUGCGCGUCUGGUAACGUUAGCCAAAAACUAGCUUAAUUUAUUUCGUUUUUCGGUGUUAGUGCUUUGAAUUCGUGUGGUCUCGUUGAUAAGUUUGGAAGCAUAGAGUUGGAUUCAUAUCGUCCUGCUGCAGGUAACCGAAGAUGACCACAGCAGCAAGGCCAACGUUUGAGCCCGCAAGAGGAGGACGGGGCAAAGGAGAGGGUGAUCUGAGUGCUUUGUCUAAACAGUACUCCAGCAGAGACCUGCCAGGACACACCAAGAUCAAAUACAGGUCAAGUUGCUGUUCUUUACAAAAUCUCUUUGGCAAUCAAUCAAUUAUUAGGACAGAAUUUGAAAGGGAACAGAAAGCAGAGGAGGAGAGGAUACGUAUGGAGAACAUUCUGAGCGGGAAUCCACUGCUCAAUCUGGCUGGCCAGCAGCAGCAGCAACAGCAACAACAAAAAACACAGAGCCAGAAUGCAUUCAGUGUGAAGAGAAGGUGGGACGAUGAUGUCGUGUUUAAAAACUGCGCUAAAGGAGUGGAUGAAUCACGUAAAGAGAAACGCUUCAUUAAUGACACCCUGCGCUCUGAAUUCCAUAAGAAAUUCAUGGAGAAAUAUGUUAAAUAAUUGUCUUGUUAUAGAACUGUAUUUCAGCAGUUUGUUUAAAAUAUUUUUUUCGUUUUAGCAAAUAUCAUAUGUGCUCAUUUUGUCUUUUUAAUCUUUAUGUGCGGCCCUUCAGUAGUGGGUCUGUAAAAGAAGUGUACCAAUAAAAUAAAAUGGAAUGCUCA